AUGGAUCUCUAUAGCAUGCAAAAGGUCCAACGAGAGACGGCACAGCCAAAACUGGUCUCGGCCAGUAUCGACGCUCUACUCCACCCUUUCUCGAGCAUGACACACACGAACCGCCAGAUCAACGAGAUGCACGCGACCGCUACUAUUCGCCGUGGUCGAGCCCCUCAGCUCAAAGCCUUGCCAGGCGAGGCCACCUCGAAGCGAGCCGCUCCCCUCUUGUUCGACGGUGAGUCGAGCGGCCUCAGUCUGCUUAACCACCCUUCUAGCGACACGGAUGAAGAGGAAAGCGAAGAAGAGAACGGUGGUAUUCUCCUCGCCGGCCUCCCCCGUCACACGGCCAACAUCAAGCCCGGCCAGCCCCUCUUCAGCAACGAGUUUUUCGAAAUCCGCAAGUCCCCGCUCGGCGGCAUGGGCGCCUUUGCCGUACAAGACCUGAGCCCCGGCGACAUGAUCCUCACGGAACGCGCCAUUGUCCGGUCCACCGACGUGGACAGGGACCUCAUCCGAAACUUCACAAACCUGAGCCCCUCGGACCAGGGCCUCGUUCUCGACCUCGCCAUGCACAAACCCAGCCGCAUAGCCCACGACGACUCGCUGCACACCCGACUCAAGGCCAUCUUCACGACCAACUAUUUCGCCUGCACGACCAAGGCGCCCGGCCACGGCCUCUUCCUCGUCGCCUCGCGCUUCAACCACGCGUGCCGCCCGCGCAUGAACGUCAACUAUGGCUUCGACCGCGAGCGCGACGCCCUGGUCUUCACGGUGGCGGGCCGCCGGGUCCAGGCCGGCACGGAACUGACCAUCAACUACGGCAAGGACGCCGCGAGCCUGCGGGCCGUGUAUGGGUUCGAGUGUGCGUGCGGCGGCGAGUGCAAGAUUUCCCGGCAGAGGCAGGAUGCGCGCGAGUGGGGGAUUGACCUGCAGUGA